CAGUCGUUGGAGGUUGCUGCUGCUUCUCUUUCUUCGGUCAGUGGACCGUCGCAUGAGUCGAAGAAUCAGCUGGUACAUGCUGCGUUUGUUUACCCGGGAAAGAGCAGUUUGGUAGCAAUUGGAUCACGCUACAGAUAAAAAGGCAAGUCUUCAGCCAGGAUGCCAUGCCUCUCUGCUUCUGCUCGUCGUCGACACACAAAAAUGAGAUCUCUUAUCUUUCUAGGCUUCUUGGCAGCAGCUAUUCAGGUCAACGCCCAGCAAGGCUUCUUGAGCAUAGACUGUGGCAUGGAGGGAGAUUCCAGUUACAACGACACCGCCACCGGCAUCGUAUACGUACCGGACGCCAAAUACAUCGACUCGGGAUCGAACCACAAAAUUUCCAAGACUUACAUGGACGCUACUACUCCAGCACAGGCCGAGACGCUGCGAAGCUUCCCAGAUGGAGAUCGCAAUUGCUACACCAUCGACGGAAUAAACCAAGGAGAGAAGUACCUCAUACGAGCUCUCUUCUUCCAUGGCAAUUACGAUGGAGUGACUCCGGUUGCAUUUGACCUUCAUCUCGGGGUGAACACUUGGCAACGAGUGAAUAUUACUGAACCAACGGUGUCACCUCGGGUCGAGAUCUUGACUGUCGCUCAGCAGGAUUAUUUCUCAGUUUGUCUGGUGAACAUUGGUUCUGGUACUCCAUUCAUUUCUGCGCUUGAGGUGAGGCGUAUCGAUGUCGCAGAUGUUUACAAGGACGAUGUGAAUCAGUCCGACUCUCUUGUUCUCGUUGGUAGGCUGAAUAUGGGGGCUGCUGCUGCUGCUAAAAAAAUCAUAAGGUAUCCAGAUGACGCCUACGAUCGCAAGUGGGAGAGCUUUUCCUCUCCACCUCAAUGGUCAGAGAUAAAUUCCUCGCAGCCGAUUCAGAGGAGCCCAGGAGAUGCCUUCCAAGUGCCUGCUGCUGUGAUGGCCACCGCCGUGACGCCAAAAGAUAACACUUCUUUGCAGUUCUACCUACCCUCGGAAGCCGGAGCCAUCCGUCCAGUGUACUACAUAUACAUGCACUUCGCGGACUUCGACCCCCUCAGCCAGACGGAGACGAGAAGGUUUGAUGUGUAUGUGAACGGCCAGCUAAAAGGGAGCAGCGUCAAACCGGAGUACCUCCUGUCGACUCAUUUAAACAUCACGUCUGAGCUCGGAACGGCGAUCCGGUACGAUUUUAGCUUGAACAGUACGAGCGGCUCGACCCUUCCCCCCAUCCUCAAUGCGGUAGAGGUCCACACCACUCUAACACUUCCCGACACAGCAACCGACAAAGAUGACGUGGAUGCUAUGAUGAAGCUGAAGGAUAUGUAUAAAAUGACCACAUGGCAAGGCGAUCCAUGCUCUCCGGAAAAGUAUAGAUGGAGUGAAGUAAGUUGUACCAUCUCUGCCUCUGAACCCCCGAGGAUCUCAUCCUUAAAUCUUUCUUCUCAUCGGCUGAGUGGUUCGAUACCGACUGUUCUAGGAAAACUCACUGCCAUUAAAUCAUUGGACUUAUCUUACAAUGAGUUCACAGGGUCGAUACCAAAUUUCCUGGCUUCUAUGCUGUCGCUUAGCAUGCUAAAUUUGUCACACAACCAGCUCAGUGGGUCCAUAUCUGCUGCUCUCCAUGAUAGAAAACAAAAUGGCUCACUUGAUUUAGAAACUGACGGUAAUCCUCGUCUGUGCCCAUACGGGGCUACGUGCAAUUUUGUGGAGGAGAAGAAGAGCAAGAAGUUUGCAACGCCUGUAAUUGUGGUGAUUGUAAUUAUUGGAGCAGUCCUCGUAGUGUUACUGAUAGUAUUAUCGGUGUACUUGGCAAAGAGAAGACAACAGAGCACUCGACGAUCGCAAGCGCCCAAGAGCCCGCUAAAGUUGGAUGAAUUAAAGGCCAUGGAAGAUAAACCAGUUGGAGUUGACAGUCAUCAGUUCACGUACGAGGAGUUGAAGAACAUCACCAAUAACUUUGUGAGGGUUUUGGGCAAAGGGGGAUUCGGGACUGUUUACUACGGUCGAUUACCGGCCGAUGGAACGGAAGUGGCAGUCAAAAUUAGUUCCCGAUACGCCGCCGCCGCAGAAGCGACGACUUGGUCGUCCACGUCCCAGACAUCUGAUUCUAUGAUGGACGGCACCAAGGAAUUUUUGGCCGAGGCAUCGGUUCUAUCAAGAAUUCAUCACAGAAACUUGGUGGGUUUGGUUGGAUUCUGCAAGGACAACAAAGUUCUUGGAGUUGUUUAUGAGUACGUAGCCCAAGGAAGCCUCAGGGACAAUCUUUCAGAGAAAGCUGGCGGAGGAGGCUUAAAUUGGAGACAACGUCUACGGAUUGCAAUUGAAACUGCGUCAGGGUUGGAGUAUUUGCACAAGGGAUGCAGACCACCUGUCAUUCAUCGAGAUGUGAAGACCAGCAACAUUCUCUUAGAUCACAACCUGGAAGCCAAAAUAGCAGACUUUGGGCUAUCCAAAACUUUCCAAACUGAUGCCAACACUCAUGUCUCUACUGACGUGGUCGUAGGCACACCAGGAUACGUAGAUCCAGAGUACCAUAACACAUACCAACUGAACGAGAAAAGUGAUGUAUACAGCUUUGGAGUUGUUCUUCUGGAACUCGUGACAGGGCUGCCCCCUGUGUUGAGGUACCCAGAAAGCGGUCACAUAGUGCAAUGGGUGCGGCAGAGGCUAACCAAAGCGGACAUCAGUGAAGUUGUGGAUUCAAGACUGGAAGGGCAAUAUGAUAUCAACUCUAUCGUAAAGGUGAUAGAUAUAGCUAUGAGUUGUAUCAACACGGAUGGAAGUAAGAGGCCGACUAUGUCUGAAGUGGUGAUGCAGUUGAAGGAGAGUCUGCAAGUAGAGGCGAGUCAAGAGAGAGGUAAUAGCAAUGGCAAUUUCGUGGAGGGAGUUUACAAGAGUCCGAGUGUCUCAGUUGAGAUGGGACGUUUAGACAUGGCAAAUACCGUAAGCGGUCCAAUGGCAAGAUAGUGGCAUCGAAAUGCAUGGAUGCCAUUUUGUGGAAGAAGACUAUAUGGUGGUGCAUGAUGUCUUGCAUUAUUUAUAAUUCAUUUUGCUAGUCUCAGUGCCCUGAAUGUGGACAUGGAAAACGAGAUUGUUUAUUUGGUGUUGUGAAGGCUUUGGGUCGAUGGAUCAAGAUUAAUGAUCCUUCUUUGAAAUUGGAAUGCGAUCGUUUUGUC